CGAAGCCUCAAAGCCAGGAACCUAUCGUAUGUACGGAAAAUAUAUUAUUAUUUCUGAAGAAAUGUAUAUGGUACCGGGCAGCGCAUGCCCGGUGAGCCUCGUUUUCAUGUAUUUCAUAUACAGGUUUAUUACGUUGCUCAUAUUAAUGGCGCGAUAGUUGGUUGAUGAUUUAGAUUUGAGUGCAUCUGGCUUACGAUCAUCCUAGUACGAAAUGGCAUCCUCGAUACUUGAUGAUGGAGAAUACUACAAAAAGAGCUUUGGAGUAUUUCUGAAGAAAACUAAUAAGGGAGAAAAAGAUAAAGAAAUCAUUAAGCUCUACCUUCCAAAUGUUGUAAGCAAGAUACUUCCACAUCAUGAUGAAUCUCAGUUUAAUGUUUUAAGUAUUGGAUGUGGAGAUGGAGAAAUGGAUCGAUACAUUGUGGGCGUCAUCAAAGAAGAGCUACAAAGGCACGAGAAACACAAAAAUACCAAGAUAUUUACACGUGCGAUCGAUCCUAACGACCAUUAUGUUAGUCAAUACAAAGCUUACAUCGAUAGGUCACGCAAUGAUGACCAAUCUUUCUUCAGUGUUUCACAAAAGACAUUUGAAGAGUACAAAAAAGAACAAAUGUCCAAGACCAAGCAGGCAAACGAGGAAGAAAAGUUCCGCAUUGUGCACUUCAUACAUAGUAUCUACUAUGUUGAUCCAGAGGAGGCUUUGGCCUACUGUUUAGAAAAGGUGUUACACGAGAAUGGCCAAGUGGUUUGUGUCGUCGAAGGUUGUGAUUUAGUAUCAAACGCACUCGUUGAAAUGGCGAUUCCAGUCAGGCAGGUUAGAAAGCAUUCCCCUUACGAGUCAUAUGCYGAGCAACUCAAACAAAUUGCCGAGAAGCGAGGAUGGAAAGUGGAUCURCAUAUGCAGAUCUAUUCCAUGGAUAUUACUGAGGUCUUUGAUGAGAAAUCAGAAGAGGGAAACUUGUUACUUGAUUUCAUGACCAAAGUAAAGAAUUUUCGCGCCAUAACUGAAAAAAACAAAGUCGAGGAAAUACUAAAGUUGAUUAAAGAGUUAUCGAAAGUCACGGAGAAUGGAAAGCGUUUGGGCAAAAGAAAUGAUGGAAUUAUGUUCAUUUAUAAAAACUAGUCAAGAGUAUUUUAUUUUAGGUUUCAUAGCUUGGCUGCUGUAAUAUAUAUAUAUUUUUACAGCUAACCAAACUAAUAGAAAUUUUUAAGAAAUCAAAAGAUUGAAACUCUUUAAUUUGCAAAACGUAUUUCGACAGUGUCUUCUCACAAUCGUCAGUUGCCACUAAAACAAUUUAGUCAAAUCCAACUAGCGGUCUAUCAUCAAUGAUGCGUUCUGAUUGGAUGAGCUACUACUAGACUUUACUCAAUGACUAAUUGCUAAAAAGCUAUAUAUAAAUAAUAGAACAAAAGAAUAAAAAUAUAGCUGAUAAAUAGUAAGCGUUAAGUUAAUACCGUAAAUCCUCUAUUUAGCCCCCCGGGGGGCUUAUUUAUUUCAUGCACGUUUGAGGGAGGGCUUAUUGGAGAGGGGGGGCUUAAUUGAGAGGGGGGGCUUAUUGAUUUAGUCUAAAUGCAGUAUGUAAUAUGAUUGUAACUCAGGAUUAAACGGAAGCAUUACUAUUGACCGUCUCGCAUAAUCUGUAGUGAUGUACAUGGCAUUUUUAUUAUUUGAUUCACCUGUGUUAGUCUCUCAAGUAUAAUUUACGAUUAUUGUGAAUAGCAAAACUAAAACACGGUAACAUU